AUGUUCAAGCAAUUGUCUCAGCUUGGCAAGAACCUUACUGAUGAACUGGCUAAGGGUCUCACUGAAGAUUUGAAUGAGGGGCAAGACCAGUUUGAUAGUAGUAGUGAUCUUCCAAGAGAUGUGCAAGCUAAACUAAAGAAGUUUGAGAAGUACGAACAGAAGUAUCCGCUACUAUUGGGUGCUUAUAAGAACGAAAAGCUCAAGAGCGAAAAGUAUGCGGCACUUCAAAAGAUACUCAGCGAAAAUACCCCAGUUUCUUCAGCCGAUGAUUAUGAAUCAUUGGAGAGCUUCUUCAAAAAUCUUGAUAUGAAAACAGCGAUGCUCAAUGAUGAAAUUAAGAGGCUCAACUCUGAUCAAAAUGAGAGUAAGAAAAAAAUUGAAGAGUUAAACUCACAAUUAGCUGAAGUCUGCAGUGAUAAAAACUCUUCUGAUAGAUUAGAGGGCGCGGUUGAGGAUAAAAAAGCCGACGAACUUACAGGUGAGGCCAUUCAAUUGAAGCAAAGAAUCACUUAUGUUGAGAAUCUUCUGGAUGAAAAGGAAAAGGCGUAUGAGAAUGUGAAGGAAGAAUUGAACAAGAGUAAAAAGGAGAACGAAUCACUCAGAAGUCAAGUUUCUGAAUUAAAAACUCUUUCGGAUUCUUCGAAAGAAGCAGCAGAUGAGAUUCAAAUUCUAACUUCCCAAAUUAAUGAGGAAAAGCUUAAGAAUAUUGACUUAAUAAAGGACGUUGAAAAGUAUAAAUCUUCUUUAGUGGAGAAAGACAACCAGGUUGAGGAUUUGAAAAAGCGUCUUGCUGAAACGAAGUCAUUACCUGUUUCAAGCAACAAUGACCAGGAUGCAAAUGCAAGCCCCACAAAUCACACCUCGGGUGCUAAAUCCAAAAAAAAGAAGAAGAAGGGAAAGAACAAGACGAGGGGCGACUCUGAAAACACCUCAGUUGACUCUAAUGCGGAGGCGUCAAAAGAAGAAACUGCCGAUCGGGAACAAUAUAAGGAAAAAUACGACCGAUUACUCAAUGAUUUUGAGAAAUUGAAAGAUUCUCGAGCUAGCCCAGAUAGUGAUUUCUCUGGUAAAAGGGAUGAAUACGUCGAGCUGAAAAAGAGUUUUGAUAACUCUGUGAAUGAAUGUGCUGAUUUGAAGAAGGUUGUUGGGGAACUUCAAGAGAAAAAUAAAGCGCUAGAAACGGAUCUCGAGGAUUGCAGGAAAGCUCUGAAGUUCAAGACUGAAGAACUUGAUAAUAACAAAGAUAUACUCAAAACUGUUGGAAAUGAACUCGUUGAGGCUAGAGACCAGAUUAAAAAUGCCACUGGCUCAUCCAAAGGCGAAUUGGAUGAGUUACAGUCGCAACUCGAUACAUUGCGUAAGAAAAACUUGGAACUUGUGGCAGAACUAGAGAGUUCGCAUUCUCAACUUGAGAAAAAGGUGCAAUCUUUAGCUGAAGAAAAAGCGAAAGUUUCAAAUGACCUGUCAUUGGCAAAAACGUCAUUAGAAAGGUCGGAACAAGCCAAGCGCAAAACGGAGCAGGAAUUGGUUAAAGUAAACGAAAACCUGACAAAGUUUCGAAACGAAAAUAAUAGUCUUUCAGAUCAGUUGAGGGACUAUAACACAUUAAAGAGAUCUGAGGCAUCGAUGAAGUUAUCCAUCACUCAGAAAGAAAAAACUAUAACUUAUUUAGAGCAACAGGUCAAAGAGCUCAACACCAAAGAAGAGGGCGCUAAGAACUCUAUGCGCGUGGCAAAGCUGGAAAAUGAAAAUUUAAGCAAACGAAUUACCCACCUGAUGAAAGAUAAUGAAGGCUUCAAGACUGAGUUGAGCAGAAAUCGUGAUUCACUUCAGAACUACAUUAAAGAAAAUGGAAAGCUAUCUGAGAGGCUCGAUGUGCUCCGCGAAAAAUACGAAACAUUGCAAAAUCUGAAGAGCAAUUCCAACGAUCAAGCUGACUCUAUAAAAAGGCAGUGUGAAGAGCUAAAUGUGAAACUUAAGGAAUCUAAGAAGAGAAUUCUAUCUCUUGAGGAUGAGUUGAACGAAAAUGCAAACGCUCUUCAAGAACGAACAAGAGAAGCGGCAACCAUGCGAAGAUUAUUGAAUGAAAAUCAGGAUGAGAGGGGCAUCAAACUCAAAGAGCUCGAGGAAAAAUUAAGAAUUACUGCAGAAGAGAAAACCAGAGUAGAAGGUGAACUCACUUUGCAAGUUUCGCGAAAGAGCAGGGAAGUCCAAGAGCUUAAGGAACUCAAUUCCGAAUUAACAUCGGAAAUACGCACUCUGGGAUUGAAAGAAAAGCAAUUACACCGCGAAAUCGAUCACUUGAACAGCGUAAAUGAAAACAUUCAAAGAGCGAAGAGUGAUUCCGCUCAAAGCUCUAGCGACGUUGAUGAGGCCAUAACUAAUUUAAAGCGAGCUCUUUCAAAAUCCGAAACGAAGAUCCGCGAGUUAGAAGCCGCUAAUGAAGAGCUAAGGGAUCUCAAUUCUGAUUUGAACAAAAAACUGGAUAGAAUGGUGAGGAAUUACAAAACUGCGACAAGUCAGUUAAGUGCCCUCAAAGAGAGAACAUCGUCAAGAGAACCAAGCAGAUCAAAUUCUGUGGCGUCUAUAGCUGAUAACCCCGGACCAGAACAGGUUUCUCGUCGGGCAUCCUUCAUAGACGAGAAAACAUCACAUUUGCAGGCUGAAACACGAUCUGAAAUAAAUGAGAAAAUAGCAUAUAUCAAGAAUGUUUUGCUUGGAUUCCUAGAGCACAAAGAUCAAAGGGAUCAACUUCUUCCUGUGAUAUCUAUGCUCUUACAGCUUGAUAGUAAUGAUGAGAAGCGUUUGAUAGUCUCCCUUCGAUGA